GGGGAAAGGAUUGAAUCUGGGACCUCAGGACCUCAGGCAUGAAAGUUUUUUUGCAUAGUCAUGAUGCUAACCCCACCCCAGAUUUUUUAUUUUUUAAGAAAAGUUUAUCUGUAACUGUUGAUGUGUAGUAUUUCUUUUUUGCUCCUUUGCUGAGCUGGCUCUUAGCCUAAGUAAUCUAGCAGAAGCUAUAGUCUGUGUAACCUUCAAGACAGAUUAUGUAGAUAAGAUAGUUCAUGCUUGGAAAUGUGUUUGAACCUGCAACAUGAAUCUUCACUCUGUUUUUCGUUUUUUUCUUUUUCCAGAAUUCUAUCCAUGAUGACCACCAUCCGGCUAAGAGAAUUCAUUGACCGGAAGCCUCAGAUACCCCCAAGUAUAUUUAUUGCUCACCAAGGAAGAGACGUCCAAGGCUACCUCCCUGGGCAGCUAGUAAGAGUCCAUUUUGAUCACAACAUAAUAAGAACUCCUAGACCCCUCAUAGACUUGGCAAUCCCACCCAGAAGACAAAGUAACUAUCAGCCUCAACUAGACCAACAAACUCUCAUUCGGUAUAUUUGUUUCCGAAGACACUCAAAGCCUGUGGAUCCUUGGUACAAAGAAACUACUUACCAAAGAGACUAUUGCCUGCCAUUUCACAAGACUGACUGGAACUAGAAAUUAGCCACGAUUUCAUCGAAUCCUAAACCACUUAAUACACUGCUGGAGUUCUACUGCUGUGAAGAGAGGUGGCCUUGAAAGAAAAGCUUUGAAAAUAAGUAACCAUGGAAUCUGAACAAAAUA